CUGCGACAGAGAGCCAUGAACCACCCCAGACACAUGGGCAAGAUAAAGAAGAGGCUGGAGGAUAUCAAGAACCAGUCCCUGAAGUUGACAAAAGUGGACUUCAGCCACAACGAAAGCAUCAGAUUGGCCACCGACGCCUUCUUGGAUGGUGGGACAGACUCUUACCUGGAAGCUCUAAGCAAAGAGGGUGAGGUGGAUUUCCUCUCCUCGGUGGAGGCUCAGUACAUCAAGGAUAACGCCCGCGAGUCUUACUAUGCACAGGAGUCCCCGGCUGCCGACGGGGCAGCCGCGCCGAAGCAGAACGACGCCGGCUCGCUGCCGUCGGGGACCUACUUCCCCACCAUUUCUGACAGCAGUGAGCCGGCUCUGCUCCACACGUGGAUUACUGCAGAGAAACCCUAUUUAAAGGAGAAAUCCACGGCCACUGUGUAUUUCCAAACAGAGAAGAACAGCAACAUUAGAGACAUCAUACGCCGCUACAUCCACAAGACCACUCAGGUGUUGGCCAUUGUGAUGGAUGUGUUCACAGACACUGAGAUUCUCUGUGACCUGCUGGAGGCAGCUAACAAGCGCAUGGUCUUUGUUUACCUGCUGCUCGAUCACAGCAGCGUAGAUCUCUUCUCGGAGAUGUGCGACAAGCUGCAGAUUUCUGAGGAUCUCUUCAAGAAUAUUUCAGUCCGCAGUGUUACUGGAGAGGUUUACUGUGCCAAGUCAGGCAGGAAAUUUUCAGGAAAAAUUCAAGAAAAAUUUCUUAUCUCUGACUGGAGAUAUGUGCUCUCUGGAUCUUACAGCUUCACGUGGCUCUGUGGCCAGGUGCACCGCAACCUCCUCUCCAAGUUCACGGGCCAGGUUGUGGAGCUGUUUGACGAGGAGUUCCGGCACCUGUACGCGCUGUCCAAGCCCGUGCGCGGCCCCAGGACGCCGCCGCGCAGCCUCCCGUUCCUGUUCAGUCGCAGCUGGGCGCCCCCGCGCAGCCUCCCCUACAGCGAGCAGGGCAGCGCCAACACCCUGUCCGACUUGAGCAGCCUCUCGGCCGGCAGCGCCCACCAGAGCAAGCAGGGCCCCAGAACGCUCAUGUUCAACAGCAACUUCAGCCCCCAGUCACCUCUGCAGCGAGUCAAUUCCUUCCACAGCUACAUGUCCUUCACUCCCCCCCCUCCACAGCCUCCGCAGCAGCCCAUCCAGCCUAACUACUACCAGCCGCACUACAUGGCCGCCGAGAACGCCGCCGUUCCCUAUAACAACGUGAACAUGAACAUUUACAGACCUAUAAGGCUCAGGCAAGAGGAACCGAACAGGACGGGGUUAAGCUCAUCCUGGAGGUGCCUCCACAAAGCUAACCUGUUUGCAUAA